CUGGGCACGAAGAGCAGGGGCAUUUGGGCUUUUAGAAAGAGGAAGUCCUUUUUAACAUCUGUAGCUGUUGUAAUUACAGAGUCAGAAUUUCAUAAGAUCAUGUGAGGGGAGCACCUCAUAUGCUGAUGACAGUCAAUAAAUAACAAAGGCAUAUGAAAGUGCACCACAGAUGUCUGUUCUGUCAACAAUAUGUGGACUUGUCUGCCAGUGUUUCCUGUACUGCUUCUAAGAUUUCAUUCUGACAUUCAUGGGUUCUGCUGUUGGAAAAGAUGGCCCAGGUUACUGUUGGUGUGUUGAUAGAAAAGCAAGAACAAGAAAACCAAGAUCAAGACACAACAGAUGAAAUCAGCAUUAAACUACUGAGUGACAAUGAAUUGCAGGAAAAGCUUCUCAUGUAUGGUACCGAGCCUGGACCGAUACUACCUUCUACAAGGACUCUUUAUGAGAAUAAACUACUGCAGUUGGUGAAUCCAAGUCCACAAGGAUUACGUGCCAAGCCAAAGGAAAGUGGAGAUCUUGAUCAGAGCUCAGAGAGUGAGGAAGAAAAAGAGACCAGUACUGAAGUAGUCCUUGAAACAAAAGACUUCAAAGUGACAGCAGCUUGUGCCACUGGCUACAGUAAAGCUCCACACACUGAAUUUUCAGAACGCCACAAGAAACUCCUAGCACCUGAUGCAGAUUACAGUCUUGCCAAGAUAGUGGCAGAGCUAGAGCAAAUAUUGCCAGAGGAUAAGUUGCCAGCACAUUGGACACAAGGACAGAAGAGGUCAGGUGGCAGCAGUCCCCAGGCUAGUCGUAGGACAAAGGGUAAGAUCAUGUUGGACAAGAGCACAAUGACUUAUCGAACACCAGCUAAUACUCCACAGGCCUCAAUAUUUGUUAAACAGAGUAGACUACAGGCAGCUGACACAAUGGGUGACUCGGUUAGCAAAGAUGAUGGUCAAGGUGAAACGUGGCUUCCUGAACCCCGGUCUCCCAUAGGAAUAAGUCCUAGGAGAAGAUCAGUGAGAGAGAGUGACCCAUCAACACAGAAUAUUGUGGAGAAGUCCAAAGUGGAAAAGGAGAAGCCCAAGGCAUCAGCAUUAGAGCACAAGGAGGCCCAUCGAGGAAUCCUAUCAAUGCCCAUAAGGAUUGCUAUACUCGCUAUCUUUGUUUUCGUACUCUUUGUGUAUGUAACUAUGGAGACCAACCCAGACAAUCCAUUCACGAACUUCAUCACAGGAAGAGGCUAGUAGUGCUGUCCUGACACCCAGCUAGGGAGCAUUUAGGAGUGACUACAGAACAAAGCAAACGCCUCUUUUGUUCCCUACUUACAUGUGAACAAGCUCUUGAGAUGGUGAAUUAAAAGGCCAAUGGGAAAAAAACA